ACCUGGGCUCCUUCCCACCCACGGACCCACAAACAGACCCAUGGCUCAUAUCAUACACCUUCAGUACUCGUAGUAGCUGUGUGAGACGUUGACGGUACAGGGCUUCACCAACUGAGGUAAAUAAGUGGGUGACGAAGAAAACAGUGGUCGAUGAUGGAGGGACUACGAGAGGUGAAUCCUGAGGAGCUGCCUCAACUACUGAAGUGUCUGGCCAAGUACCUCCCACACUCCGUCACCGUUCACGGGGUAGUCAACAUGCAUCUUCGGUAUCAGAUGACCGAACAUCGGAUUUUUACGCCAUCUCAGUCCUCCUCUACCUUCGUACUCACCACCAUGAACGCUGAGUCCACGAGUAAAGACGAUAAGAAACAGUCAGUGUCCUUGUUCUGGGAUACUGAAAAGGAGGAGGAAGAGACGGUGGCGGAACUACUGUCAUCUGCCCCUGUUAUAGACUGGACUCAACCCGUCUUUUUCUUCGCCUGCGCUCAACACCUACUGAGUAAGGUGGAGGAGAUGAAGAGGAGUGGGCGGGUGGGCGUGGGGAGACUGAUGCCACGCCCAAUGAUACCCUCACAUCUUUUCACCAUCACCCGCGACAAACUCCCCGCACACACACCCAGGUUACCUGAAGGCUUCCGGUUGGGUCCAAUCAACACCCGUCACGCCCAACACCUGUGCAGCCACUGGGAGUACCGCAGAUUGAGCACCCUGGAGAACUACACCAGGGUGUUGGCCACCCUCCCAGGCUACGCUGUCUACCCCACUCAAGGCGAGGGAGAGGCUGCAGGAUAUAGUCUCUCUGGUGCCGAGACAGAGCGAGACAGCGGCGCUAGUGGGGAAGGGGAGUGUGAGGCGCCCCCCGUGGCCUGGGCACACCUCUCACAGGUCAACACUAUCAGCAACGUCUUCACGCUGGAGGGAUACCGGCGUCUAGGGCUGGGAGGAGCCGCCACUCUCGCUCUGGCUGCCCACUUGCUGCAGGAGGAGCACAGAGUGUCGAGCUACGUCAACGACUACAACUACGCUUCCAUUAAGUUCCACGAGCAUCUGGGGUUCACUAAGGAGUGUCCCUUGGGGUGGCAGAUGUUCUCCCCACGUGACGACGCCUCUUGCCCGACCUCCACACCUUAACUCUCUUCACUGUUGCCACCUUUAAGACAUACACUUGACCUUUAUGUCAUUGAAUGUGACACCGUCAAAGACUUCAGUCCACCUGGCUUACUGUAUCAUGAACUAAGUAAUUACUACAUUGAAUUAGGAUUUCUGGAGGACAUCGUUGCAAUCUAUCCAAUAUUUGCAAGACCACUCUGAUUAGUCCUUAAAUGGAAUAUGACUUAUACAUACUGUAUAUGAACCUCUGUCCUGUGUGGCAGUGAAAAGUGAUAGCACCUUCAGUGUCAAGACCAGACUUAAUUACUCAGUACGGUAUAGGCAAACUGUACUCCAAGCUUUGUCAAUCAAGUUCUUAACCGCAAAGCUGCCACACAUACGACACUCAAAUUAGAAAUUUCAGAUCACCUGAAGAAUAGACACCCCAACUUAUUUCACCUAAAGAUUAGACACCCUAGUUAAAAGGUACGGGAGGCUGUUUGAGAAUUUGGGAGGAAACCCAUUAAGCUAACAUAACUUAACCUUAACCUCUUGAGUAUUAUGACUUAUUUUCUUGAGUACGAUGAAUUAACCCAGUAAGACACUUUUCACCACUUUAGUACUAUGAUUUACCUCAUAGAGUACGAUGAAUUAACCCAGUAAGACACUUUUAACCACUUUAGUACUAUGAUUUACCUCCUAGAGUACGAUGAAUUAACCCAGUAAGACACUUUUAACCACUUUAGUACUAUGAUUUACCUCCUAGAGUACGAUGAAUUAACCCAGUAAGACACUUUUCACCACUUUAGUACUAUGAUUUACCUCAUAGAGUACGAUGAAUUAACCCAGUAAGACACUUUUAACCACUUUAGUACUAUGAUUUACCUCAUAGAGUACGAUGAAUUAACCCAGUAAGACACUUUUAACCACUUUAGUACUAUGAUUUACCUCCUAGAGUACGAUGAAUUAACCCAGUAAGACACUUUUCACCACUUUAGUACUAUGAUUUAUUUCCUUGAGUACGAUGCCAUCAUACCCAAGAGAUUAAAAUCAUUGUACUCAAGAGGUUUAACAAUAUUGUGUCAGGUUACUCCAUAGUACUCAAGGAACUAAAUUAUUGUACUCAUGGUGUCUUCUCUACAAUACUGUUUAAUACUACAUAUAAUAUAUAAUUUUAUUGAAGUAUAGCUGCUUGAUCUAUAUACAUUGUCUAUAUACAGUACAGUACAUGCUGAACAAACUGUAAACUUUAUGAGAAUUUGAUUGAAUAACGAGAGCAUAUUUUUAUUAUUACCAUUAUUAUUGUUGUUGUUGUUAUU